CUGACUUGGCCGGGAGCUCGACGCCGGGCUCAAGCGCAAGCUCUGCCACUGCUCCCAGCUCAUCCUGCCGCUAUGCUCCCCCGCCAUCUGCGCUCCGCCAUCGUCACCGCCGCCGCGCCCGCGCAAAUUCGCGCACUGCUGUGCGCGCGGAGUGGGCUGCGACCGACCUCGCUCCGGGCGCACCGUGUCAUUUCGCACCCAUCGUCAGCGUCAUUCCACUCGUCCUCGCGUCGGCAGGAUGAGCAGCCCAGGUCGCCGUUCCAGACGUUCGUGGAGGUGCUCAGGGAGGAGCUGCGCAAGAACCGCGAGCUGCAGGACAACGUCAAGCAGCUCCAGGGCGACGUGGACAAGUUGCAGGACUCGGAGGCAAUGCGGAAGGCACGGGCAGCGUACGAGCGGGCGAGGCUCACCUCCAGCAUCAAGGAGAACCCGCGGUUACGAGCAGCCGCGGAGGAGCUCCGGAAGACGGGUAUGAAGGUCGGUGACGCCGUGUCAGAAGCAAUGAAGACGAUGGAGGAGAGCGAGCUUAUGCGCGCGAUAUCUCGCGCAUCCACCGCCGUGUCAAACACCAUUGCCUCCACCACCGAGCCAUUGCGGAAGACAGAAGCGUACAAAACUCUUUCGGAGACCAUCGUCGACGCACUAGACGACAGCGGCAGUGCAAAACAUGCAGGCUUUGAGGAGAAGGAGGCACGGCGGAAGCGUCGGCAGACACGUCUAGCCAAGGCGGGCAAAGACAGCAUUACCCGCUCCGUCAAGGCCAACGCAGAAGCCGGCUCCGCGAUGGUCCUGCACAAAGACUCGGACAAGAACGAGCGCUGGGAGCGGCUGAAGGAGACGAACCCGGUCCUGCGCUCGUUCGCGUCGCUCCGGCAGGCGUACGACGAGUCGGAGAACCCGGUCGUGAGCAGCAUGCGCGCGGUCACGGACACGGUCGGCGGGUGGUUUGAGGAGACGGAGCAGGCGCAGGUGCACCGCCGUAUGAAGAUCAUGGACCCGAGCUUCUCUUUGGAGAGCUUCGAGCGCGAGCUGAGGGAGUAUGUCGUUCCUGAGGUCGUCGACGCGUAUUUGAGUGCGGACCAGGAGGCGCUGAAGGCGUGGUGUGGGGAGGCGACGUACAAUGUGCUGUGGGCGACGAUGGAGCAAUUCUUGAAGCAAGGCCUCAUCAGCGACAGCAAAGUGCUGGACAUCCGGCAAGUCGAUAUAUCUGGGGCGAAAAUCCUUGAGAACGACAUUCCCGUGUUCGUGGUGACGUUCCAGACGCAGGAGAUGCUCAUCUUCCGGAACGCCAAGACGCGCGAGAUCAUGGUCGGCGCGGAGAACAAGGUCGAGCAGUGCCACUACGCCGCCGUUGUCACCCGGAUAGAGGAGGAGCUCGACAACGAGCUCACAGGAGGCUGGAAGGUCGUCGAGAUGGCACGACGGUCAUCGCGUGCAUAUCUCUAAGCCCCGCAACCGCUCGACUCACCCAAAAUCUGACCCUCCCGUGCAACAUCUAGCUGACAUGCUGACACGCUGCACUUACGUCGCUUGCAUCACCAUCAUCCCCACCACUCACACACACCAAGUACUCUACUCACACGAUUUGCG